AUGGUGCAACCCACGUGAAAUGACAACAGAGCUAGUUAACUUUUGGAGGAGGUUUCUCACAAAUCUGAGAGUGACAGAACAAAGAACACUUACAAGACAGUAUAAAGGGGAUAACAUAUGCUAUUUGUACAUAUGCAAUCCAUCUUUGAUCCAGAAAUUAGCUUGUAAAUUUGUUCAUUAUUUCGAGUUUGACAACUGGAAGGAAACCAUAAAUAUGUCAGACAGUGACUCAAUUUUUGAUCCUCCAGAAACGGUUCGUGGAAUGCAAGUUUUAGAUAGAAGUUUAUUUAGGAAAACUGUAUCUAUUCCAGGACUUGCAGUUCCUCAGAAGAAUAUUGGGCGACUUACAAAGGCAUUGAAAAAUGAAAUCCUGCGCUUCAGAUCUAUUCAACCUGUUGUUGAUCUAAAUACAAAAGAUGCACUUGCAAAAACUCACAAAUUAAUACUGUUUGAUCCACGCAAACUAAAGUCAGUGGAUGACUUUAAUGAGAAACAGAGGAAUAUACUUGAAAAGUUUGAUGUUGAUGUUGGAAGUUUUUGCUUUUACAACUUUGAUAUGAAGUAUGAAAACUGGGGCCAAGCAGAGGUUGUUAAAGCUGUGUUGCCGAAGGAAUUGGACACAGUGGCAGGGUUUGCAAUAGUUGGUCAUAUUGCUCACUUAAACCUCAGGGAGGGGACAGAUGAUUACAAACAUCUAAUAGGUCAAGUGAUUUUAGACAAACACAGAAUUAUCAAGACUGUUGUCAACAAAUUGAAGACCAUUGACUCAGAAUUCAGGAACUUUCAGAUGGAGCUUCUGGCUGGAGAGGAGGAUUAUAUUGCUACUGUGAAAGAACAUGGAUGUACAUUUACAUUUGAUUUUUCAAAGGUCUACUGGAAUACCAAAUUAGGUACAGAACAUAAUCUAGUGGUUUCUCAGAUGCAGGGGGAGGAUCUGGUUUUUGAUGUGUUUGCUGGGGUGGGACCUUUUGCAGUACCUUGUGGGAAGAAGGAAAUAAAAGUGUUUGCAAAUGACCUAAAUCCAGAUUCAUAUGAGAGUUUAAAACUGAAUGUGGCUAAAAAUGGAGCUAAUUGUCAGAACAAUGUUCAGUGUUUCAACAUGGAUGGCAGGGACUUUAUAAAGCAGAUAUUUUUUAAAGAAAUGGAAAAGAGGUGGAGUGAUCCGUCACUGGAGGGAAAUGUUCAUGUCUUGAUGAAUUUACCAGCACUAGCUGUGGAAUUCCUGGACAGUUUUGUGGGGCUUUGUACUCGUUCAAGAUCCAAACCAAAAGAUCACAGUUGUCUGCCCUUUGUUCACUGUUAUUAUUUCAGCAAAAGUGAGGAUCUGGAAAAGGAUACUAGAGAGACUGUGGAAAGAGUUUUAAGUUGUACUUUGGAUGAGUUUAAGAUUAGACAAGUCCGCAAUGUGGCACCUGGAAAGGAGAUGAUGUGCAUCAAGUUCAGAAUCCCAGAAUCCGUCUUGUUUAGGGGAAAUUUAACAACAGAAGAGGAUGGCCCAGCAGCAAAGAAAAUAUGUUGUCACCACAGCCAUGAUUAAACUUUUUAAAAAGCUCUCA